UGACACUUGACGUAUCGUCAAACGUCAACUUGUUACUAUUGAUGAGUGGUUUUCUUGUAAGAAUUUCUGUAUUAUUUUUCGUAGAUUAUUGUUAAGAUCUUUUAAUAAGCAACUAUGUUUUACAUUAGUCUUUGGUUAAAAGAUAGGAUACAAAUUUCAACGUGAAAAUUAAUCUGUUUGGGCAAAGAAACUUGAACUAAUUGUUAAUUGCGCCUUUUACAUGCUACAAUGUUCGCUAGUCUGAAAAGUAAAAUAAAAGAAGAAACUGGAAGUGACAUCAGUAAACUGACCAGUAGUUGGCGUAGCGGUGCAUUUUUGGGUAGAAUUACGCUAAGGGAUGAUUCGUCAACAGCAAGCCCUUCCAGUUCUGGAGGAAAUGGAGACUCCGCCUCAGAUUCAAUAUCGCCGCAGCUGGAAUCAUAUUUGUCAGACCGCACGGGAGGUAGAAUUGACCAAGCGGCUUUACAACAACAGUACUCAACACAGCUUGAGAAUAAGCUGCGGGAGAGAGACACAUACUGGGAACAAAAGAUUGAGGAGUUGAAACUAUCACUGGCUUCGGUACAAGGUGAGGAGGCGGCGGCGGCACAAGCUGUUGCCCGUACAGCGCAAGCAGAAGCAGCCAAGGCAGCAAGCCAACGGGACCAAGCUGAGAAACAACUGGCUGAACUGCGCUCGCAGCUCUCUGCUGCAGAACGCGCACAUGAUAGACUUGAUGCCCUCACUGAGGAGCUGGAGCAAGCGCGCAGGGAGUGGGCGCGCGAGCGGUCGGAGCUGCGCGCGGCGCUCAGCGCGGCCGAGGCGCGCGAGCGGGACCAGGCCGACGACCUCGCGCUGCUCCGCGCCGCGCUGCCGCCCGCCUCCGAACACCACCACAUGCGGGACGACGACAAACGCGAAGUGAGUCCGACGGGUUGCGCGGAGUACGACCGCCUGUGUCGCGAGCGCGCCGUGCUCACCAGACAGCUGCAGGAAGCCAAGAUGGCGCUGGCGGACGUCAAAACGUCCUGGAGCGGGCAAAUCGCAUCUCUUGAGACACAGGUGGCGCGACUAUCGCGUCAAGCUGGCGAGGAAGGAUCGGAGAGGAGACGAGUCGAGUUGGAGAAGAAAGAGUUGCACGAGAAACUAAACGACAUGGCGAUCGAACUAGAAAAGACUAAACAGAACCUUAUUAAUAGUGAGGCAAAGGAUAAGACUAUGGAGCUUCAAACCCGCAUAGAAAAAUUAACAGAAGAAAACAAAGAACUGACCGAAGCAUUAGAAAAUGAACGGACGCUAGUGAAGAUACUGCAAGAGAAGGUAGAUAAAGCCGAUCGAUUGAACGACGAACAAAAGACUGAGGUGAAUCAUCUCAACUCUAUCGUGACGGAGAUACAACAUGAUUAUAUUGAUGCACAAAGGAAGUUUGAAAAAGAGAAACGUGAAAAGGACGAAGCUUUACUGCGAAACGCACAUAUGUCGCAAACUAUUGAAAUGAGUCAAUGUAAUGUGAGAUAUCAGGAAACGGAAAUAGCUGAUCUAAAAGCGAAGAUUACAGAAUUAGAAGGCGUUAUUGCGCAACACAAAGAAAAUCAAGCGACGUGCAUGCUGAUAAAGGAAAACGAAGAGGCUCGUAAAACAGAAAUCGAAGAGUUGAAAAGGAGAAUACAAGAAUUUACGGAAAGCGAAACAGCUCUCAAAAAGACAAUACAAGACUUAGAAAUAGAAAUCUGUGAUAAAAAUAAGAAAAUAAAAACUUUAGACAACAGAAUAUCUGACAUGAAGAAAACGUUACAAAGAGAACUCCAAAGCAGUAAAUCAGAUCUCACGUCGGCAGAGGAGCAAGACAUUAGCAGACGAUAUCUAAAGCACGUGGUGCUGCGGUUCCUGACGGCGCGCGAGCUGGAGGCGCGGCAGCUCACGCGCGCGCUCGCCGCGCUGCUGCGCCUCUCCGCGCACGAGGAGGCGCUGCUGCGCGCCGCCGCGCCGCGCUCCGGCCUCGCCGCCUGGCUGCCCUCGCUGCCCUCGCUCUCCUCGCUGCCCUCGCUCAACACUUGAUCCCACACGCUCCGCCCGCACCGCACACCGCACCUCUGAAUAACUGGUACUUAUUAUGAAGAUGUUGACUUACAGAACCGACCUUACCUAUACAUACCUUUCGGGUGAAAACUUAUUUGGCACCACUUUUUCUGGCAACUUUUUUUAGAACUUCAUUGUAUUUUUGUUUGCAAAAUGAUUGACAAAUUCAUUGAAUUUUGUACAUUUAUACUUAUUAUCAUAAUUCGUUAAACACCUAUCAUUAUUUUAUUAUUUAAUAAAGGACAGAAGAUUCGCUUACAAAACAGCUACUAGUUCAAAUUGAUAAGCUCUUUUAACAAAAUUCGAAUCCUAUUUUUCUUGAAUUCUAUUUUUCAUAAAAUAAAUUAAAUUCAACAAGAGUCAACAUCCCUAUUCAAAUAAACUUAAACUUAAUAAAUCUUCAGUUAUAUCCAUAUUUUCUACACUCUUAAAUUUACAAACAAAACAGUAUUUUCUUAUUUCAGUAUAAAAUUUUGUGAUAUUAUGUCUUUUUCUCGGGACUAAAUCAUAAAUAUAUUUUCCAUGGCGUAAAAUACAUUUAAAACCUUUCCAGAAAAUAUGUCGAUGUUGGCAACACAGGUCUCAAAGGUGUAUUAAGUUUAUUUAUAUUUUAUACGAGCAACUUUUUCUUUUGUGAUAUUACAUUUUAAUUAGUAUUAUACUUUAAAGGUAGUUUGAAAAUCGUUUUUUUUUUAUCACUUAGAUUCCUUAUUUUUAUAGUGAUAAGUUAGUGUCCUAUACUAUGUUGAACUUUAUUUUAAACAUAUUCAAAUAUAAUAAAAAAGAAGAAAAAAAUUCAAAUCAAAUCAAAAAUUUUGUGAAAGCAGCAUUAAAAACAGUUGAAAGAAGCAGCAAGGAAUAAAUUUAUAAUAUGAGACAAAUUGACCCUUAUAGACCUAUCUGCCUCACUAAGCCACUGCACACUUACAUUGAAAUACCCGCAUUACCUAAGUACCUUUACCUUUUCAAAACUUCCUCUAUAAUUUGUAUAAUGAAAGUUGGAACUAUAAUUCUACCAUAAAUAACUUGUCUUGCUUUCGUUGCAAGUACGAUUAAAAAUAUAAUGCUAUUAGCAGCUGUUUUCAAAAUAUUUAUUGUAUGUCCAUAAUGUUCAAUUUGUAUUGUCCCUACUUAACUUUAAAGCACUGUAAUUAAUUGUUGUAUACAAAAUACGUGAGGAUAAAUGAGAUGAGUCUAUUUAUAGUCUAGAGAUGACGCUAAAUUUAUUUCGUAAGUAAUUAAGUAUAUUAUUGUGAAAAUAGUUCAGACGUUAGAACUGUUUUAAUGUGGACUAAAAACUUAAAUUACAGUAUUAUAAUUAUUUUUAUAUUGUUUAUUCCAUUUAAGAGUAUAAUUUAUAGGUUAUUGUAUCUCAAAAUUUUAUAUACUUUAUAUUUUCUCUUUGCUUCUCAAUGAUACCUUCCUUUUAAAUUAUCUUCUAGAGAUAUGAAUGUUAAAAUGGUAAUGUACAAUAAGUGUACAAAUUUGUAAAAAAAUAUCUACAUUUUUCUAUCCGAUUGACUCAGUGUCCUAUCGAUAUGAAUACAUCACACAUUAUUUUUCCUUGCCAUCAACCUGGUUCUUUUGUAAUAUGUUACGGGACUGACCUCUCAAGGAUGGAAUUUAUUGAGUAUACUGAAAAUUAAAAUCGAUAUCGAUUACAACUCUAACAAUGACGCUCUUUAUUCGAAUACAUAUAUUCCGGUUAUGUCGUAAGAUGCGAAUGUAUAUCGUAAGUGUUCCAACACCAUUCUAUUGUAUACCUAAGAGUUCUAAUCAUAAUAUUGUUUUUUGAACAGCCUUAUUGUAUUUUAUAAAAGGAUAUAUUAUUGAAGUUGCCUUAUUAGUCGCUAGUCAUUAUUUGAAUGUUUGUUACUGGUUUGCGUUUGCGUCGACCUUGUCAUUUCAAUUGUGAAUUUUUAUAAUUAUGUAUAUUUAUAUUUUUUGGACUAAAUAUAAACAUUUAGUGUAGUGGAUGCACCUUUACCUAAAAUAGUAAGUACAUAUAAAUUAUGAAGCAAUAAGUCAUUGGUUAGUUAUAACUUAUAACUCGGUACAUUUCAUUGGUUAGCGGCCACCACACACAUUGCAAACCUACCUUAGUUAUUCGUAUCCGCAUAUCACGUGUAGACAUGGCAGCCAGUGUAAAAAUAAACAAAUCAAGUCACAUUAUAGUUCGAUAUAACUAUAGUGACUACUGCGAUCUUAUCAUUUCUUUUUAUAGUUUUGGUUUGCAGUGCACUAUACAGCACCAUAUCGAUUAUAGUUCAUCAAUAUUACCGACGGUCUUAGUAAUUUAAUCCUGAUACUAAAGAGUGGACACGAUCAAAUCUAUUAUUCUUUUUUAUACCAAAAAAAAAUUGUAAAAAAUACGUUUCACAGAACAAACCACUGGCUGUGUAAGUAUUUUUAGACGGUCUUGAUGUUUUACGAAGAAUAUGUUAGAUAGCAAAAAUAAAACGCACUGUUAUUAUAGGGGAAUGUAAAAACAAGAAUACUAACUUACGCGCUGCCACGAGGAUCGUAAGCAAAAUGUAUUUAGGAAACACAUACAUUUUUUUUUUGGCGUAUCGUUUAGUGGAGUCAUGACUUAUCGCAAUAACUGUACGAUGGCAGUCGUUAUGGCAUAUGACGAUACAUAUCACACAUUAUUAUGCAAAUAUAGCCACUCUAUUUCACGUGAUGUUUGAAACAGUAUUAGUACUAUAAUGGAAAUAAACCUCAGUGUGUUGUAUUUUUAAAUUUUAUAAGUGAUUUAAUAUACAUGGUAUUUAUCGAAAAAAUAUGACUACACAUAAAAAAUCAGCUGUCAAGAAUAAUUCUAGCAUUAAUACCAAUCCGUGAAGUAUUAAACCGAGUCAAGUCUUAGAGUAAAUUUUACUACCGAUAACGAUUCGCGAAAACGUACAAUCAUCGGUCCGAGAAAUGACAUAGUCAGCUACAUAAAUAAUGUGGUGUAACGUCGCGUCAGCUCAGUAUGUCUGCCCCUCAAGUACUACAAUAUGUUAUAGGUGCCUUUAUAGUUACAAAAAACAUAAAACUCAAUAUGAAAGUUUUAGCACGACGCUCAAACAUACAAUAUAGUUGAGAGAUUGAGAGUUAGCUAACCAACGCUUAUUACAAUGUGUUGAAUGCUUGUUGCAGCCAGACACGAUAUACUUUUAGUCAAUUGAAGGCGCUUUUGUAAGAUAUACACGUUGAAAGAUCUGCCGAAUGUAAAUUCUGAAUAGUGUUAGCUUGUUUACGUUAAGAGUCUGUUAAAA